GAAAGUGUGAGAUGGUCCAAAGUCCAAAAGUACCAUUCUGGGAGUGUUUCAAACUCAAACACCAUUUUAAAGACGGACGAGAAAGAAGAGGGAGUAAAAGAAGGAAUAAAACUGAAAAAAGAACAGAGGUCCAGGUAGAAAGAGCUGGGUCACCUGUACCGAGCUGUCUGUCUAUGAAGAGCCAUCAUUCAAUGGAUAAACCAGUCCUUUUCAGAGGAGAAGUCACUGGCAAUCAGAGGGUCCAGGUAGAUAGAGCUGGGUCACCUGUACCCAGCUGUCUGUCUAUGAACAGCCAUCAUUCAAUGGAUAAACCAAUCUUUUUCAGAGGAGACGUCACUGGUGAUCAGAGGGUCCAGGUAGAAAGAGCUGGGUCACCUGCACCCAAUGGUCUGUCUAUGAAGAGCCAUCAUUCAAUGGAUAAACCAAUCUUUUUCAGAGGAGACGUCACUGGUGAUCAGAGGGUCCAGGUAGAAAGAGCAGGGUCACCUGUUCCCAGCUGUCUGUCUAUGAGGAGUGGAGAGUCAAUGGAUAAGGUACUCAACUUCAGAGGAGAGUUACCAGGUGAUUCAAGGGUCCAGGUAGAAACAGCUGGGUCACCUGCACCCAACGGUCUGUCUAUGAAGAGCCAUCAUUCAAUGGAUAAACCAAUCUUUUUCAGAGGAGACGUCACUGGUGAUCAGAGGAUACAGUGGCCACUCGAAUCCCGCUCAGAGAUGUUAUGUCCCCUUAAACAGUCUCUCCUGCGCACUUUGAUGAAGCUGAAGAAGGUUGAGAAGUUGAAACUGUUUCUGAGCCAUCUGAGUCAAGAUUGCCCAGAAUGCUGUCUUGAAGGUCAGAGCCUGCCUGAAGAUCCUACUUGGCUGGCUAAGAUUAUGAAGUUUAUUAAUGAAUUGUUCGACAGUCAUGAAGUUGAUGAUUACUCAGAAUGCACUGAGAGAGAGCAGGAGGAUCCUGAGGUUGUGUGUAUAGUUGAGAAGUUGGUGGAGACCUGUGGCAGUGAGGGGUCUCUGAAGAUCACACUCCACAUCCUGAGGAACAUGAAGCAGAAGGAUCUCGCUGAUUCAUUGGAAAGAGAUGAAUCCAUAAAAAGAGCCCAGCAGGCACUGAAUACUCAUCUGAAGAGGAAGUUUGAAUGCAUAUUUGAAGGUUUAGCGAAGCAGAACAACCCAACCCUUCUGAAUGAGAUCUAUACAGAGCUCUACAUCACAGAGGGGGGAAGUGGGGGGGUCAAUAAUGAACACGAGGUCAGACAGAUUGAGACAUUCAAGAGACAAACCACACAGGAGACUGCAAUUCUCUGCAAUGACAUUUUUAAGCCUUUACCUGGACAAGAGAAACCCAUCAGAACUGUUCUUACAAAGGGCAUCGCUGGCAUUGGGAAAACCGUCUCUGUGCAGAAGUUCAUUCUGGACUGGGCAGAAGGAAAAGCCAAUCAGGACGUUGAUUUCAUCUUCACUCUUCCUUUCCGAGAUCUGAAUUUGAAGAAGGAAAGAGCAUUCAGUCUGAUGCAACUUCUGCAGCACUACUUUCCACAACUGAAAGAGAUCAAAAGUGUUGAAGUUGAUGAAGUCAAAGUGGUGUUUAUCUUCGAUGGUCUGGAUGAAUGUAGACUUCCUCUAGAUUUCCAAAGCAAUAAGGACUGCUUUGAUAUGACUGAGUCGUCAUCAGUGGAUGUGCUGCUGACCAACCUCAUUAAGGGGAAUCUGCUUCCCUCUGCUCUCCUCUGGAUCACCUCCCGACCAGCAGCAGCCAAUCAGAUCCCUCCUGAGUGUGUCCACCAGGUGACAGAGGUACGAGGGUUCAGUGACCCACAGAAGGAGGAGUACUUCAGGAAGAGAAUCAGAGAUCAGAACAAGGCCAGCAGAAUUAUCUCACACAUAAAGUCAUCCCGGAGUCUCUACAUCAUGUGUCAUGUACCAGUCUUCUGCUUGAUUUCUGCUACUGUUCUGGGGACAAUGUUGGGUAAAGUAGGGAGUGGAGAUCUUCCCAAAACUCUGACUGAAAUGUACACACACUUCCUGCUCAUUCAGACUAAUGCGAAGAAUCAGAAGUAUCAUGGCACUGAUGAGACAGACCCAAAGAAGAUGUCAGCAUCAGAUGCAGAAAUCAUCCUGAAACUGGGGCAGCUGGCUUUUCAACAGCUGGAAAAGGGCAAUCUGAUAUUCUAUGAAGAGGACCUGAGAGAGAGUGGCAUUGAUGUCAGCGAAGCUUCAGUGUACUCUGGAGUGUGUACAGAGAUCUUUAAAGAGGACUUUGGACUGUAUCAGGAGAAGGUCUACUGCUUUGUGCAUCUGAGCAUUCAGGAGUAUCUGGCUGCCUUGUUUGUAUUUCAAUCAUGUGUAAAAGAGAACAGAAAUUUACUCAGAGCAGAAGAAUCAAAACCUCACAGUGCAGCAGUGCAGCUGUCUGAGUUACACAGGAGUGCAGUGGAUCAGGCCUUAGAGAGUAAGAAUGGACACCUGGACCUUUUCCUCCGAUUCCUUCUAGGCCUCUCUCUGGACUCCAUUCAGAUGCUCUUCAGAGGACUACUGACACAGACAGGAAGCAGAUCAACUGUACCAGACCUACAGGCACAGACAAAAGGCAGAUCACGGAGCAUUAAGAAAACAGUCCAGUACAUUAAGGAGAGGAUCAGAGAGGAAUCUUCAGCAGAGAGGAUCAUCAAUCUGUUCCACUGUCUCAAUGAACUGAAUGACAGCUCUCUAGUAGAGGAAACACAGAAUUUCCUCAGAUCAGGAAAACUUCCUGAUAAAAAGCUGAAACCAGGCCAGUGUUCAGCUCUGGCCUUUGUGUUACUAGUGUCAGAGGAGGUCCUGGAUGAGUUUGACUUGAAGACCUACAACACAUCAGCGGCAUGUCAUCAGAGACUGCUACCAGUAAUCAGGAACUGCAGGAAGGCCAUACUGAACAACUGCAACCUCACACGGAAGUCCUGUGAUAUUGUGGCCUCAGCUCUCCAGUCAUCAAACUCACCCCUGAGAGAUCUGGACCUCAGCUACAAUAACCUGGGAGAUUCAGGAGUGGAGCUGCUCUGUGCUGGUCUGAGGAGUCCAAACUGUAAACUACAGAGACUGGGGUGAGUAGUGCUGUGUAUUGUGUGAUCUUAACUAAAUAUAAUUUGUGAUUAUGGUUCUAUUCAGUGAAAUAUUAAAACGCUCUUUCUCUCUGUUUACUCCUCUGUCCACCAGCAUUCUUUCUUUGCCAUACAUACCUUACUCCUCUAUCACAACAAGCAAAUAAAAGCAGGAUAAAACCUUUUGAGGGUUGCCAGGUUUGUGGUUCUGAACAGAAUUUAAGGUUUCGGUGGAGUCUGUAGUAUCAGGUGAUGACUGGAUGCUGAAUGUCUGAUUGACAUGGUAAAAGAUUGACCACCUGUAUAGUAAAAUGUUUCAGGUCUGUCACACAUUGCAGUCUUCAUCCAUCUCCAUUAUUCACUACCUGCUAUGAACUCUAAUGAAAUCCAUACAUUUACCCCACUCUCUUUCACACCCUGACCUUUUGAUGAAGGUGAGUUUUACUCCUUCAUCACACACCUGAGUGUGCUGCAGGAUUGCGGUGUUUCUGAAAGGAUUGUGAAUAAAAUGGUCUUA